GUCCACCAGAUCACUAUUGCUAGGUACAGUAUGUUUCUCUGGAACUUAAUUUAAUAUAUAUAUUUGUGGCUGAUAAGGCAAUGAGUUGCCUCUCUGGAUGCAACUAAUCGAGAUAAAGAGGAAAAAAUUAACUGUCUGCAUGCUUCAUAUUUUCUUUUCUUACUUAGACGUGGAGUGAGAUGUCAAUGUUUAAAGAUAUUUAUUUCAAGCCAUGUCAUUUAAGAGAGUGCAAUUAAUGUUGCAGGAAGAUUAAACGAUUAAAGAGCAUCAUAAAGUUGUUAGAGGUAGUUCAUUGUCUCAUUUAAUAUUCAGUAAGUAUGGUUUCAUGCAAUGCUCUUUAUUUUUGCCAAAAACUGCACACCAAGAACUGCAUUUUAUCACAUUUAAUCUUACAUCUGAGUGUCACAGAUGUCUUUUGCCAUGCCUUAAGUUCAAGCAAAAUAUUGAGUAUUGACUUCUGAUUUUGGUUCUAUGAGUGUAUGUUGAGACUUCUUCUGUACAAAAAAAAUGAACACUUUUAAGUGACCGCUCAUGAAGUAACAUUUCCAUUUCAGACUAAAACUCAAAUGUUCUGAACGAAGAUUAGUGAGCAGUACAUAUUCGCUCCAGGGAGUGUUCAUAACAUCAGCACAGACAGCACUAAUGACAGAUAAUGGAUCCCAUUACAGUUCUCUUGCAUAGCCAAUGACAAACCAUACAUCUUUAAAAUUCAUAUUGAUGUCUAGAGUGACAUCUUAGUUAUUGGAUCCCAAAGAUGAGUAAGACAAUUUUUUAUCAAAUGAAAUGAGAGAGAACAGGAUCAUUUGUUGAUGAACAAAUUUUCUACCAUUUAGGGAAUAGUUACCCCCAAAACAAAAAUUUUGUCGUCAUUGACUUACUCUCAUGAUUUUUGAAACACGUAUGAAUUUCUUGCUUCUGUGAUUUAGAUUUUCAAUGAAUUAUGUCUUAAAUUUCAGGCUGUUCCUUUCAUAAAGCUAUUGAAUAGCUUUAUAACACUUGUAAUAUAGUGCAUGAGUUGUAUGGACUAUAUUUAUGGUGCCUUUAUGGUGUUUUUGUUUGUUUUGGAGCUUGAAAAUAUUCCCCAUCCACUUUCAUUGAAUGGAAGAGAGCAGCGUGAAUAUUCUUCAAAACUUCUCCUGUUGUGUUCACUGGAAGGAAAAAAUGGCAAACAGAUUUGUAAACUACAUAGCAGAGCGUAAAGUAUGGCAGAAUAUUCAUUUUUGGGUCAUCAAUUCCUUAAAUUGAACAGCAAUUUUUUUAAGAGCCCCUCUUAAAAAAAAUUGAACUGUUGAGUCAUGAAGCACUUUUGGGAUCUCAUUUGCUUUUCAUAUCAGCUCCUCAGCUGAUUUAAUUUGGUCUCCAUGCAAUCAGAUUUUGCAUAUAUGUGUAAAGAAAAUGCAGCCAAAUGCUAACGCAGAUCUAAACAUCCAACUGCAUCUGUCUGUUCAUUAAACAGGGGUUUAUGACUACUCAACACUUGCAUGUUAUUCUUACCUCUAAUACGCAGGUCCGGUUCUAUGAUGAGGGGAAGUUUUAGGGAGUCUAUUCUUUUCUUUGUCCUCCUAAAAAAAUGCAACUUUCCUGUUUCUCACAUGGCUGCAUUUCCUUCUGUUAGAGCACACUUAAAGAGGAACUGCAAACCCCCCCCACAUGCUUUUUUUUCUGUCUCUCAUUUUCUCUUAGACCCACACACAUAUUCUCAAGCUUGUUCCCUCAGUUCAGUUAUCAGGGGGCAGUAUUUGACAGCGAGUACGCAUCAGUGGCCAGCUUGUUUCAGCGUGGAUGCUCUCUUGAAUACUCCCUGGGUGGCAGAUCCUUGUCUCUGUAUUGUGUGGCUGUGGAACCUCUAGCCACACUGAUCUUCUCUGGACUGGCUUCAUCUCCAGCAAAGUGAUCUUCGGGAUGGAAGCAGUAGCUAUUUACAACUUUUGUGCCACAGAAAGCGAUGAGCUUAGCUUUCAGAAGGGAGAUGUACUUAAGAUCACUAAUAUGGAAGAUGAUCCUAACUGGUACACAGCGGAGUUGAUAAACAGGAAGGGCUUCGUGCCUAAAAACUAUAUCAGUUUAAGGCCACACACAUGGUUUGCAGGCCGUAUCUCCAGACAUGUGGCCGAGGGUCGGCUACGCCAGCAGGAGUGCGGAAGCUUCUUAGUUAGAGAAAGUGAGAGCGCACCAGGGGAAUUCUCCAUGUCAGUAAGCUACGGUGAUCACGUACAGCAUUUUAAGGUGUUAAAGGACAGAGAUGGCUAUUACUUUGUUUGGGAGGAGGUCUUUCCUUCCUUAAAUCAACUUGUGGAGUUUUACAAGACCAACAGCAUUGCAAAGGAAAGGACUGUGUUUCUUAGGGAUACAGAACACACACUAAGGCAGAGGCCCCAUCAUGCCCAUGCCCUGUUUGACUUCAAUCCACAGCACAACACCCAGCUGCACUUCCUGCGGGGUGAUAUCAUAGACCUGCUGGACUGCUCCGAAUCUGAACGCUGGAAAGGUCGAUGCCGUGGAUGUGUGGGCUUUUUUCCUCCUGAAUAUGUGCAGCCUAUCUAUCAGUGACACCCAGUGAAUAUACAUAACAACACUGCGUGUACAUUAAAAUGUUUGAAAAGGACUUUGCAAAAAGCAAACUGAAAGAAAAUGAUUUAUUCAGCCACAGAUUUUUAAAGAUUUUCGUGCAGUUGACACUAAGUUGACACUUUUUAGCAUGCUACAUUUUAUGUAGAAAAGAAUGCACAUCUAUAUGCAAUAAUAAUCACCAUAUUACUGUAUAGUAGAUUAUAAACGCAAACAGAUUAUCAAUGUGUUUCUUCUGAACAUAAUUAUUCCUUGCACUUCGCUUGAAAAUCUACUCUUUCAUUCCUAAAUAUUGCACAUUUUGUCCCUGUAUAUAUUGUUCAUAAUUGUUUUUGUCUUAUUUUCUUUUAAAGAUGUAUGAUGAUGUAAAUGUUACUAUUGUGAUGACAAGAUGAAUAUAAAAGUGUUUAAUAUCAAGCAGAUUUGAAUCAUUUUAAGGCCCAGAUUAGAUGAGGGCUUUCAGGAAGUAUUCAACUUCCAUUAUUUGACAUUCUGAUGUGUGGCAAAGUCAAAUUAAGGUAUAAUUACAUUUCGUUUUUUUCUCUUCUGUACAAGUAAUUUCCUAUAACUAAAUUAAAAUCCACAUCUCAAAAUAAA